AUGCACAAAACACAUGACAUCACAGAUGAAACUUUACAGACUUUUGAAAGCCUCCCACUUUUUGUUCAUUUGUCAGCUGAUAACUAUGAUCAUUGUGCUGUUGGUUUUAGUUUUAUAUGCUUCACAUUUAAUUAUCAAAAUCGUUUUCAUCCUUAUCAUAAAUCUUAUUCAAAUCUCUAUAAGCUAGAACUUUCCAGAUCAUGCAUGAGAUUAACGAUUACCUAA